AUCAUGACCCCUUAAAAAUGAAGGCAUGUCCAGUCUUUCGCAUCUGUAGUCACUGCAUGAGACAAGAGUAGAAAAAUAUUGGAUAACAAUGGCGGACGAAGAAUUACCAUCGGGUUGGGAAAAACGUUUAAGUAGAUCUACCGGACAGCAUUAUUAUUUAAAUAUUUAUACUAAAGAAAGUCAAUGGGAUAGGCCAGAUAAACCUGCUGGAAAUAAUCCAUCUGGAAAUAAUCCAUCUGGAAAUAAUAAAAGGGAUAGCCCAGAAGAAGUGCAGUGUUCUCACUUAUUAGUAAAACAUUCAGGUUCUCGUCGACCGUCUUCUUGGCGGGAAGAAAAGAUUACAAGAUCAAAGGAAGAAGCUCUUGAACUUAUCAAAUCUUACAGAGAGCAAAUUGUAUCUGGAAAAGCAACUUUUGCUGAACUUGCUUCAAAGUAUAGCGAUUGUAGUUCAGCUAAGCGAGGUGGAGACUUGGGACCAUUUAAUAGAGGUGCAAUGCAGAAGCCUUUUGAACAAGCAGCAUUUGCUCUUAAAGUUGGUGAAUUGUCUUCACCAGUUCACACAGAUAGUGGUAUCCAUAUCAUUCAGCGAACAGCAUAAAAGAUUAAUCCUCAAUAAAGUAUUGAAUUUAUUAAAAAAAUUCCUUCAAUUGUGCUGAUAUGUUCAUAAUAUUAGAAAAUUUUCAUAAUUGCAUUCAAAAUCAUGUAUAUUUAAUUAUGCAGAAAAAAGUUUUUUGUGCAUGGAUAAGAUGUAUGUAAAUAUCUUUUUUUUUUUUAAAUUCAAUAUCCAAUUAUAUAUUUAUGUCUUCCAGUUGAUGCUUAACUGAAGUAGUAUGUUGCACUUACAACUAUUUUACAAAUUUUUCAUUGUGUGCAUUUUCAUGUGAUGAAAGCAAAACAGAUAUAACAUAAAGUAAAAUAGACAGACUGUAUGCACACAAUUAACAAUAUUCUCUAUUCAUAUUUGCUAACCUUACAUUCCUUAAAUGUUAGAUAAGUUUCACAUGGUAUUAACAAUACUCUCUAGUUUUCUUUGAUUUGCUUAUUCGAAUAUUUAUUAAAAAGAUAACAAUAAGUACGAAAGAUGAAUUUUGUUACUUGUAUUGCAAUAAAAAAAGAAAUUGAGCAAUUGAUGCUUAAAUUAGUACAUCAAUUAAAAUGGAUUUAACAGUAAUAAAAUAAAUCAUAUAUACAUAUGUGUAACCAUGAAGUUUUUGCUCAAAAACUAAUGAUCAUUGAACAUAAUAAUUUAAACUUUAUUUAUGUUUAGCUGGAAUAAACUGUGUUGUAAACAUGCUGCUAGGAAAAGUACAAUUAUUUGAGAUUAUUACAGCUUAUAUUAAUAAUAUGACAUUACCUUGACUAUUCAUCAAUUUUAUUUUAAUAGAAAUAAAUGUUUGUUUCAAACAUAAAAAAAGAAACUUGUUCAGAAAUCAUUCAUGUUUUCAAUAUUCUUCAAUUUUUCUAAUCUAUGCUUAUGGUAAUCUAUGUUUCUGAAGACUGUGAAUAUUUAUGUGAAAACAUAUAUGUUAGAGUUGUAAUAAUUAUUUCUUAUCAUCCAGUUUGCAGUGUAUCUAACUUAAUAUGUAUAUACAAUAUGUAUGUAUGAAAUAAUUUCUCUUACAAAAAAAAAAUGUAUUACAAUUAAAUGUGAUAAUAAUUUGCAUCCAAAUGCAUUUGUCUACAUUAAAGAACUACAAUGUUUAAGCUACAAUUUUAAUUUUAAACGUUUCUGAGCUACGUUUUAGUUAAAAUCAUCGUUUACGAAUGAACUACUAUAUUUGUGACGAUCAUUUGUAAAAUAAUGAAUACUGUAACAGUUUCGAUGCAAACUAUUUAAUAAGAAAUUAUUUGUUAAUGUACGUGUUCUACACAUGA